AUGUUCGUGCUGCCCGCCCUGUUUACGCCAGAGGAUUCGCGCCCAGUUGUUCUCUUCGACGGCGAGUGCAACCUUUGCAAUUGGGGAGUGAAUUACCUUAUGGACCAUGACAGGUGCUCGGAGGACGCGCGCGGCAACCUGCGAGUCGCCGCGCUCCAGUCUGCGGUGGGACAGCUGAUGUUGCGCCGACUGCCGCCGGAGAAGUUGGCGCGCGCGCGGAGCUCCGAGAAUGGGCAGUACAAGUCCAUUGUUGUUAUCUGCAGCCAGGCCGCGUACGUCGGCUCCGACGCGGUGCUCUUCAUCGCCAAGACCGCGCUGAGGGGCCCCCUUCGCUGGCUCGGGGUGGCUGGCGGCGCCCUUCCUCGACGGCUCCGCGACCCGGCGUACAGCUUCGUAUCGUCCCGCCGACAGCGCUGGUUCGGGAAGGCUCCCGACUGCCGCGUGUGGGACGACAACUUCGACACCCGAUUCUUGUCGGACGAGGUCCUUGUCGGUGGCGGGACGGCUCCGUCGGCGGACGCUGCGAAUCUGGUACCCGGCGCCGAGGUGCGCGUUGUGUCGGCUGAGCCGGUCGUGGUAAAGCACCUGAAGCGAUAUCCUACAGGGGUGUGCCUGCAAGGGCUCGUUGGCCGCGUGGUGGAGACCCUGCAGGCCAAAGGUGGCGACCGGCCAUACGACAUCGUCGUGAAGUUCAAGCACCCGUCGAGUUUCCAGGCUCACCUCUCGUCGUCCGAGCUCGCGCUCGUACCCAUGAACGCCUGA